AUGGAAGUACCAAGUGCUGUCCAUUCAAUCGGGUCUCUCAAUUUUCAAACACGCUCUUCACAACUUGAAAAACUCAACAACAAUGGAACCUUGUUCGUAUCCACAAGAACCACCACAACACAAAAGAAUCCUCUUCUUCAUGGUUAUCUUCAUCCAAUAAACCACAUAAAAACCAAAAGCAAUGUUUGUUAUGGUACUAAUCAUGCUAGUAACCGUAAAAGUGUCAUCAUCAAAUCAACUUCUUCUCCUACUUCCAUUGAAACUUCUGAAUCCUCAUCUGAAGUUGAAAAGAUUAAACAGAAAUGCCUCAAGUGGAAGUGGAAGGGUCAGUAUUCCAUAAACUAUUUUGUUUCUUCUGAUUCAGAUUCUCCUCAGCCCAAUCACCCUCCUCUGUUACUUGUCCAUGGCUUCGGUGCUUCCAUUCCUCAUUGGCGCAGGAAUAUAAAGACGUUGUCUCAGAAUUAUACUGUUUAUGCUAUUGAUCUUCUUGGUUUUGGAGCAUCAGAUAAGCCCCCAGGCUUUUCAUACACCAUGGAAACAUGGGCUGAGUUGAUCCUGGAUUUCUUGGAUGAAGUUAUUAAGAAGCCGACGGUACUAAUAGGAAACUCGGUUGGAAGUCUUGCUUGUCUCAUUGCUGCUGCUUCAGGCAUGAUCCAACCAGAUUCAAGUGAAACUCUCGUUAGAGGAACUGUGCUGUUAAAUUGUUCCGGUGGCAUGAACAACAAAGCAAUUGUUGAUGAUUGGAGGAUCAAGUUACUACUACCAUUGCUUUGGCUAAUUGACUUUUUAUUGAACCAAAGGGGAAUCGCCUCAGCCAUUUUCGAGCGAGUUAAACAAAGAGAGAAUUUAAGGAACAUUUUGAGUUCAGUAUAUGGAAAUAAGGAGUCUGUGGAUGAUGAACUUGUGGAGAUCAUUAGGGAGCCAGCAAAUGAUGAAGGGGCCUUAGACGCGUUUGUAUCGAUUGUAACAGGGCCGCCAGGCCCUACUCCGUUGCAGUUGGUGCCAAACAUCACGUCGCCUAUUUUACUUUUAUGGGGAGAUGAAGAUCCGUUUACUCCAAUUGAUGGACCUGUUGGAAAGUACUUUUCUUCUUUGCCUUCGCAACGAGAAAAUGUUAAACUGUUUUUACUUGAAGGGGUUGGACAUUGUCCUCAUGAUGACAGGCCUGAGUUAGUUCAUGAAAAAUUGCUUCCCUGGCUGGCUACUCUUUCAAAUCCAUAG